AUGGGGCAGGCCUGCACACGCCACACGUCCGCGGUCAUUCGGAGGCGCGACGCGCCCGACUGCUGCCAGUCUCCGUUCUCUGCGUCGACUGGCACCGCGCAUGGGCCGUCGCGUGGCGUUUCGGGCGAGGGUGAGCAGCUUGCCGGGGGGGCUGCGGUCUCGACGAAGCGGGAGCAGGCGUCGGCGUCCUCCUCCUCGCUGCUGCUCGAAGUUGAAAGGUGCGUCAACACGCGAAAGAGGUGGAAGCCAGGCAGCUCGUCGCUGGUCUACUGCCUGGUGAACAACCUCGCCGACCGGCACCUCGCCGUAGUCUUUGACUGCAGAGAACGCGAAAAAUACGAAGCGAAUCACCUCCACUACGCCAUCUGCCCCUGGCGAGGCGCCGACGACGCCGCCGUCGCGCUACAGUUCUUCGAGAAACACGGCGCACCUCUGGUCACCAACGCAGAUCUCUUCAAAAACAGGAAAGGAGGUCUGCCGCCUCCGGUGUCCAAGUCGGCGAAGGCGAACCCGGCUGCGCGGAGUCCGCGCUUCGUGUUUCCUGCUUUCCUCUGUCGAACGCAAACGCUGAAGCCGGCGGGCUCUGCUGAGGCACCUGAGCAGGCCGCGGAAAGCAAAGAGGAGGCGAGAGACUCCGAGCCGCAGAAAGGCCGCGGCGAACGAACGCCGAAUGCCUCCCCGUUCUUGACGCCUCAGGGCGGCGGCUCAGACUCCACCGCCGCGUCCCGCCUUGCGGCGGGCGUGCCGCAGGCUAACGAUCUGGCGCCAGAGGUCAUCAUGCACGGAGAGCGGCCCGAUGGCGAAGGCCUUCAGACCGCCCCGGAGAUAGCUGGCAAGGCUGCGGAUGCGGGAGCGACUCAACCUGAGAAGAAACCAGAUCGCGCGACGCUGGCGGCGGCAGCGAUGCGCCGCGCGGGCACGGGGCCGACGCCGAGUGCGUUGCCCUCGCAGCGGGCUGAGGCGCUCUCUGGCGAAUGGAAGGUUGUGUCGCUGGCGACAAGCGACGGCGCGUCCGCGCCGCGCGCAGGCGCCGACGCCGGAGGAAAGAAUGCGGCGCUGGAGAAGGCGCAGGACGCGGACGAGGAACCGAAGAGACUGAAGGCCCUAAAGACGUGGUUGAGGACGGUCUGCAAGUUUCGAACUGUCAUCGUGUACGGAGAAGGCAGCGAAGAUCCGCUUCUUCUGGUAUUCUUGAACGCUCUUCUUGACAGUGGGGCGCGCUUCAGGGAUGUCGUCGUCCUCGCAGGCGGCAUUGGCUCUCUGGGCGACCGCUACAGUCCUCUGCUGGUGACCUCCGACUUGCUGCUGCCGGGGCCGCUGGAGCUCAUUCCGCCCUGCAAGGAGAAGGCCGCCCUCGGGGCGAGGCCCCCCAGCGCCCAGGAGGAGCCCUCGAGCUCCGGCCGCGGCAGCCUCCGCAGCGCAGCGACCCGCCGCCUCCUGAGCAGAUCCAAGUCGCUGGCGCCGCGCUCGCCCUUCUCGGUGUUCGUCGCUUAUACAGCGAAGUUGCUUCACGACAACGAGGAGAUACUGCGGCACUUUGGCAUUCGCGUCGUCAUCAACCUCAGCUCCGCGCCGUGUCCGCUGCUCUCCGCUGCCGAGGCUCCUGCCGCGUCCCCCUCUCACCAGCUCGCCUCCUCCGCGUCGCGCGUCCGCCGGCUUGUAUCUGCAGCGCCGCCGCCCCCUACGCCCGCCGGCUUCGAAAUUUACGACAUGCCCUUCAAGGACGUCGCCAGCUUCCAAUUUGAGCGGGCCGCCGCAGUCAUAAGGCAGGCCAAGGAACGAGAUCUCGCCGUUCUGGUGUACGACUACAAGGGGGAGAACACAGUCGCGCCCGGCAUCGUCGCCUGGUUCCUCAUCGACGAAGGACACGGCGUCAUUCACACGCUAAACCACAUGCGGCUACGGCUGCCUCUCGUCGAGAUGAACCCGAUUUUGGUCUCAGAGCUCCACCGCCACGCAGAGACGCUCGCGAAGGUCCCCUCGGGCGCGGCGCCCCUUCUCGCGUCUGACGCGUCGCCUGCAGCCGACGCCCCUGCGGCGAGUGCGCGGAAGGCGAAGCACUUUGGGCUCCACGCUCUCCCCUUCUCUGCGUCGGGCUCGGCCUCGUCCGCCAGCGCGGCCGAGAACGCAACCGCGGCCCGCCUCAGAGAGGGUAAGCAGGCCCAUGCGGAGGGCGAAGCGGCGGAGCGCGCAGCGGACAGCCUCGCGCGAAAAGACGCAGAAACAGGCUUGGCUGCACUUCGUUCGGUGGCUGGCGCAGAGGACGCGCCCAGCUCGAGAUCUGGAGACGCCGGCGCCAGACCGGUUUUGCCCCCCCCACCGUCCUCGGUGGUCACAGUGGGGUCACUUUACAACGAAACUUCUCCGGUGAGCCCGGCGUUCGCCUUCGUCGACGACGGCGAGGAGGAGCCGCAGCAGCUUGCGCCUUUAGACGAGGUGGUUGCGAAGCUGCUCGCGGCGUGGCAAGGAAAGGUGACGCCGUACGAGGCCGCGCAGAGCGUCGCGACUCUGAACAAAAUCCUCAGCAAUGUGCUUCAGCACCCCGGUGAUGAGAAAUACCGACGUGUCAAACUUGCCAACAAACGUUUCCACGAGGCUGUCGGAUGCCAUCCAGAACUGCUGAAGCUUCUCUUUCUCGCGGGCUUCAAACGUCACGCGGGCGGUGCGGGCAUCGAGUUACCCUGUGACGCGCCCUUGCACAAGAUUUCGGAUAUUUUGGAUCUGCUUCCUGCGUUGCCCCCGGCGUCGCCCGCCACCUUCCUCUCACGCCAUUCUGGCGAAAGUCGCGACUCCCAGGCAUUCUCGCCUGAGCGUCGCUCGACUUCUGCAUGCUCAUUACCCCCCUCGUCUCCCUCUUCUGGUCUGCCGUCUCGAGCCCAAGGCGCUGGAUGUCAUCUGUUGUCGUCUUCGCUGUCUUCUACUUACGGGGCGCCGUCGGCCUCCUCGCCCGCGUGUCAGGCUGUCGAGCGACCUGAAAGCCAGGAGGCGAAGCCGGCGUUUGCGGCAGCGAUGUCUACGAGGCCUCCAUCGCGGAGUGCGGAGUCGCGCGGAAUGGAUGCCAAGACAUUAAGAUCCGAAACCUCGCUAAAGGCUGCGGGUGGGUGUGCAGACACGCAUCGAAAUGAAGAUCGGGAAGGCGCGCGCCAGCCAGGGCAGGCUCCGACGCGGAAGGCGAGUGAGUCGGCGGAUGCCCUCCAUGACCUUACGCUUGUGCUGUGCGCCUCCACUAUCCCUGCGAGUGAAAAACGUGUCCAACGCGGAGGCGUCGGCGCUGUGGACGACGCGAUGAAAAACGGCGAACCGGAAGUGCUGUACGCGCCUGGUGCGCGUCUCGCUUCGCAGUCCUCCAGGAGGCAAUAG